CGACGAGCGCGGUUUGUUUGGAUGCCGCGGGGAUGAGCCCAAAAAGGCUCCGAGAUAAGGUGUUGCGCUCUCCUUCGCAACUGGUAGCCAUCUCACCCCGCCUCCUAACUUAUUUGACCUUGACCACCUCGACUUUGGCUCUCUGCUCGUCUCUCACAAUAUGCUCUCGACUACUACUAGCAAAACACUGGAAAUAAUUCGCCAGUCUACAAGAUCAUAAUCCCACUCCAGCUCGAUUCAAUUCGUGCCCCUCUUUGCCGCCAAAAAGGCGCCGAGGUAUUUUUUUUCGCAUUCUGCAAGUAGAGCCCGCGUGCGCGACUACAUCCAACUUGCGCGGUGCGAUAUCAAUAUCGUUGACGUCCAAAGGAAGCUGCUGGAGAACACACCAAGAAGGACAUAGGAUAUACGGCAGGAAUGGCUAUGGGCGAGGUGAUGGGCAUGAACAUGGGUGACAACAGCACCUCGAGCGCCAGCGGCGGCGCGGCCGGCCAGGGGAUGACGAUGACGGGGUUCCAUGCUGGUGGAGGCGAUGUGGUUUGGUUGGCGCACUUUGCACCAACGACUGCCCCGGCCAUCUUGGGCACCUGCGCCCUGCUCUUCUUCAUGGGAUUGCUCUCACGCUGGCUCCAUGCAAUCGAAAGGGGCUUGGUCGCUUAUUGGCACGACGAGGCUUUCAGAAGAGCGGAAAAAAGACGAGGAUCAUCUUCGACAGCAACUGCAAACCUUGCAUAUGAUGCACGAAGAGCGCCACCAUGGGAAGCAAGCUGCGAUGUACCGAGGGGAUUGUUUCAACUGCUGCAGAGCGGUAUCCUCUAUCUGCUCAUGCUUGCCGUCAUGACGAUGAAUGCCUACUACUUUGUCGCCGUUCUCAUCGGCCUCGCGACCGGAGAGUCCGCAUUCGGACGCUUUGGCCGCAAGCGAUGGACCUCAGUCGCGGUACCCUCUCAUACAAGUGCGAACGGCACCUACGGUUCGACGCGCGAGCAGGUCGAGAAGACGGAUUGAUGGGACAGGGUGAUUCUCGCGUAUCCUGAGGCCGCAGCUCGAGGGACCUAUUAAACGGAAGCGGCUCAGCUACCUUGUAUCGCACUUUAAACAAUGCCAGACGAUUUCACCCGC